UGAGAAAGAGGCUGAGAUUAAAGCUGAAAGAGAACAACUAGAAAACAUCAAAAGGAAUUUGGAACAUCAGCUUCGAGAAGUUGAGGGUGAACUUGAUGUCCAGAAAAGAGAAAUUACUGCAGGUUUUGAUGAGGCUAUGAAAAGAAGAGAACACGAGUUCAGGACACAAAUGGAUGAGAAGAGUGGCCAGAUUCUUGCUUAUGAACUGAAAAUCAAAUUGUUGACCAAAGAGGUGGAAAUGUUGUCGGAAGCUGGAGAGAAAACGGAGAAAGAAUUUCACCACGUGGAUCAAAAUCACAGGACACUAGAGAAAAAGUUUAAGGAAAAGGAAUGGGAAUUUAAUGAUAUGCAGGCCAUGAAAGAUGCCAGGAUACAAGAGUUGGAGAGCAAGCUGCACCAAACAGAACUUGGUGUCAAAAGAAUGGAGGAAGAAUUUCAAAGAAAGUUUGAAGAGAGAGACAGAUAUGCCAGAGAGAAGGAAUCCGCUUUAUUAAAAGUCAAAGAAGGUCACCAUGAGACUGAGAGAGUUCUGCAGGAAAACAUCCGUGAGCUGCAAACACAACUGGAGCAGGCACAGGUGGAGAGCAGACGUCUACAGUGGGAGAACCAGGAUCUGGCAAAGGAGAAGGAGCUGCAGGCAGAAAAACUUCAUGGAGAGAUACACGACGUGAAAGAGAAAUGGGAUGCCCAAUUGUCAGAGAUAGCUCGUACUAAUGUCGCCAGGGAUUUGGAACUGCAGGCCCUAAAAGACAAUGAAGAUAGUAUCAAAGCUGAGCUUCAGCAGAAAAAGGAGAGCAUUGAAAGGUACAAGAAGGAGAUGACCCUGGCUGUGGAAAGAGAGGCCAGUUUGGAGCGUGCCAAGGCUCAGCUGGACCUGGACUGGCAGAGGAGAUAUGAGGAGGUGGAGAGACUGCAGUAUGAGCGCUCUGAGGACCUGGUGAAAAACCUGACUAGGGCUAGGGAUGAGGCUUUUGCUACCCUGAAGGAGAAGGACAGAGAACUCCAACAGAGGGAGAGUUUGAUCAGAGUGUUGACCAGGGACAGGGACCAGGCACUGGCAACACUGAAACAGCAUGGAUUGGUGCUGGAUAGAAAUAUAGAUACCUCGGCUGUCCAUGGUACUCCAACCCAGUCAGAGUCUGAAGAGAUCUCCCAGCUUCAGGCACAGAAUGAAAAACUGAGAACAGUGAUCAGGCAGAUGAGGACUGAAAUGGAGAAUAUUGGAGACCAGGAGCCAGUUAAGCAGAAGCCGGGCAAUUCAGUCACUGAAGAAUAUGUUAGAAUGUUAGAAGAUGAGGUCCGUAGCCUGAAGAGUAAAAUGCGCAAUGCAGAAUCUGAUCUCCAAACCAAGCAGCAACCCAGAGAAGACCCACCUCUAGCACAGGCCCAAGAUCUCCUCAUGAAAUCUAUUGGCGACAAUGCCCUUGUACGCUCUCACAUCCAGUCUUUAAAUGAUACCAUAGCCAGUUUAAGAAGAGAAAAGGUGGAACUUAGUGCACAGGUGAAAAAACAGCAGGCAAGACUACAGUUUCAAGAGGCUUCUCAAAAUAAGCUGUCCAAGCAGCCCAGAGAAAAGCAGCUUGAGAUAGACCAGCUCCAGUAUGAGCUAGGUGCCCAGGGCAGACGCCAUGUUGCUGAGGUCGCUAGUCUGCGCCAGAAGAUAGCGGAACUAGAGCUGCAACUCAUAGAAACUAGGAAAGAAGCAGAUGAAUAUUUUAAAGCAAAUCUGGAGAAAAAUCUGGAAUUGAAUUCCCUUCAAAAUGAGUUAUCAAGCCUCAAAGUUGACUUGGCACAGAAGACGCCAGGAAUAAACUAUGGAGGUCAGGAGCUCAUGAUACAGCAGUUGGAAGAUGAGAUCAAAAGACUACAAAACAAACUCGCUGGCAGACCUGACCCCAUGAUCCCUGACCAACCAAUCAGAGGCCCUGCGGAAGGUGCGACAGUUGAUCAACUUCGUAGCAAGCUAAAACAAGCUGCCAAGCACAUCACGCAGUUGGCGAAAGAGAAACAACAACUGAUAGAGGUUGGGAACAGGCAGAGGGCAAUACUCAUGAAUCACGGCAUAAGGCUACCCACCCCUCCCAGACUUCCACCCAAAGUAAUGCCACUGCCAGCACCUGCUAAACCAGUGGCAACAGGCAGAAUAUCACAGGCAGUGCAGAAUAAACUUACAGAGCUUGAACAGCUGCAGUAUCAACUCACCAAGCAGGAAUUAGCCCAGCAAAGAAGGGCACCUGCAGGAGAUGAAGCCAUGACAGCCAUGCUUCUAGAACCCAGCUCCAGUGAGAGCCAGGAAGAGGAGUACAGACCACAGUCCAUUCUGAAGAGACAGCAGUCUGAUGUGGAACAGAAUUACCAAUAUGGCUAUCCAGUGAGACCCGUAAGUGCACCAGGGACCUGGGACCCUGUUCCAGUUCCAGACUCCAGACCCUCCACUGCCCCAGGUCAGCCAGGACAGAAUGGUCUGCAGCGGACCUCCUCCCCCUUUGUACCCUUGGCAACAGGGUCAUCCCUUGGGGGAGAGUCCCUGCAAGAGGUUUGGAGGAUGCUAGAUGAAGGCCAGAGCCCAUCUCUGUUCACCCCCAGGGACAGCAAUGUGGGGAUUGGCUCAGAUCAGCUAUCACACAAUGGACAAGUUUGGCCACAAAAUGACCAGUAUGACCCCCACCAGAGAACAAGUGACCACGGUCAAGGUGGACCAUUGAACCAGUGGUCAGUUCAGGGAACUAAACCCAGCUUUGUUGACCACAAAGGCAAACCAGACAAAAAACUGUCAGAUAAAGCUGCAGGGAAGUUAAUGCCAAAGAAAUCACAGAAACCAAAGAUCAGAAACUAUAGUAAGAAAGAUGGGGAAAGUUGACAGCCAUCACUGUCACACUUUGAUAAUUUUUUUUA